GACGAUUUGCCGAUUGCAUGACGCUCCGUGGAAAAAUCCACGACGCGCGACGGGAGCUGCCUAGGUACCAACCUACCAACCUUAGACGUCACGUACUAGGAGGUAGGUAGACGGUCGCACACCAGCCCGCAAAGUCUCUGCUCUCAAGACGUUGAGCCCGGUGGCGAGCCCAAAACUCUACGCCAUGGCUGGCCGGAGUGUCUCCCCGGGGGCGGCGCUCCUGCGAUCGUCCCGAAUGUUCUCGAUGCCGGCCCCGAUCCCUGCGCCUCUGGGCGACUUGUCCUCGGCGACGAAACACUACUCCCCAACGGCAACCAUCAGUUUCCCGACCCAUCUCACCGUCACCACUCCCCACUCUUCUCGGAUCGUGGGCGACUGGGGCUUCAAGCGGCCCUUUCCCCUCAAGACCACGACCAAUACUACCCACGCGCUGGUGCGGGUCAAACAGGUCGACGCUGUCGAGCAAGUCACCGACUUCCAAUCCGCCUCGGACCACACCGUCACCUUGUGGAAAUACCAGGAGAUGAACAUGCCCGUUUCGGUGCCGGCCGCGUCCAACUACGACGAAAUGGCUCAGAUUACGGAUCAAAAGUCCGUCUUCGAAGAGGACGGAGACGUGACGGCGUUGGACGACAAGCAAAAGGUUGAGUUGGUGAAUAAGAGGUGGAAGUUCACGGGCCCGUGGCUUGCUGGCAUGCUGGAUGGCGAGUUUAACAAGUACAUCGAAAAGAAGGUGCGGACUCGGCGUUCGGAAUUCCGCGCCUUUCUGAGGGAGACCCUCGCGGCCGAGAUGACGGCGAAGCGGAUGCAGGAAGCCAAGGAGCACGACCCGGGUACGGAACCGGCCGCAGUGUCAGCCAGCGAGAUCAGCGAUGACCUGUUGACGGAAUAUCUGAGGCAUCUGAGGCAAGAACGCGUGACCCUGUACAAGCUUGUCAGCCAGUUCCUCGAUCUCGCGCCCAUUGAUCUGAACACCGCGUAUCACUAUCUUAGUAGUAUGAAGGUCGGGAAGCCCUACGAUUUCGUUCGCGCCAAUCCGUAUGGCUCGAAAGGCCCCCCCAUCACGCACCCCUCUGCUGGCCUCUCCUAUCUGCGUACCCGGAAUUUCCAGGAACAUCACCCAAUUUAUGGGCCCCAAAAAUAUCACACUCCCAUCAAAACCAGAGUCUUAAAGCCAGUUAAUCACACUAUGGCUAGCUUCAAGCCUAGCAUCGGUAUUGCCGGAUUCGUUGGUAGCACGCUUAGUAACGACACGACGUUCAAUGCGAUAAAGCAGAGGAACCAAAACGAAUUCAGCCGGAGCCUUCACGAACUCGAGCUUGUGAAGCAUGGCGGGGCGAAGAUAUAUGUGCAACCUACAUCAGCUACCAUCGAUUCCUCCGGCAGGGUUAUUAUCACUAUAGGAGAAACGAAUCCUCAGGCCGAGCUCGUACAGAGAGAACUCGUCGGGGAGGCGGACGUGUUCCAGCAGGUCGUCAAGAGCUUGUCCCAGCCUGUACCGCGCCAAAACCCUAGAAACACUUGGUCAGGAUAUCAGAAAAGCUCUACGGGCCGUCCCCAAGGCGCUAUGAUCGAUAGCGACGCAGCAAGCUAUGGUUUUGGCUCAACAAUGCCGCGGUGAGAGAACGUCCACCAAUACCGAGCUUACGACAAGGAGGAGGACCGGGGUGGCGACGGCUAGCGAUAAAAGGCGCUGUGCGAUACCUAUGUAGGUACGGCAUGAUAUUCAAAGCCCUAGACGUUGCAACAUAAAAUUUCUGUACAUAAUAGGUAGAACAUAUACUCAUACAUAUAUAUUACGCCUUACAAGUCCUCUA